AAUUGUGUCUUCAUCCCAUUUUUCUCUAUGGGUGCAUUUGAAUUCGUCGUCCCAUACCCAUGAUGUCACCAAAUUUACCAGGCAUUCAUUCGAUCCAUACUCCGAGAAAAUCUAACCACUUCAAAUCGAAGCAUAAACAAACCGGCCUCACAGGAAACAAGAAAGUGAUUGUUUAUCCCUUUUAUGCUUCGCUCAUGAUUAUGUCAACUGAGAAGCCUCAACGCCAGAGCAGAAAUCGAAAGUGUUCUGGUUCUGUGAUUUCAGCUAUCCCAAGCAACAUUUGGCAGCUGCAGUCAAAACGGCUCAGCUCAGUCGUGGCGUGAGUGUUCGUUCUAACGGAUUGUUGCUUACUAGCUUUUACUAGUGGUGCUUCUUGUGCGAUUUAAAAAAAAAAGUAAAAAAUGAUUUCACACAAUUCUUCCAGACUGUUGGGAUAUUUGUACGGGGGGUUGUGUCUUACCUGUUCCGUGCUCUUUCUGAUCAACUCCAGCCAUUUGUUAAGCUCUGGUGACAAUUCGGGCAUUGGAGCUGUUGCUCUGGUAUUUUCAGUCAUUUCUUGUAUUUUUGACAUAUAUUUGAUUGCCGGUAUCGUAUUGCGUCAUCAAAAAUAUGUAAAAUAUCAUUUGGAGUUUAUUUCCAUUAUCUACGUAAUACUGUUGAUUGGACUAUUUGGAGGUUGUAUUAUCACGGCGAUCGCGGUGACUGAUGCAAAAGUAAACGAAAUAACUAGCGCCAUAGUGAUCGGAUCUACGAUUGCUUUCUGCUUUGGACUUGUGACAAUUUCGAUUUUUUAUACAUUAUCACUCUGGAUCAUAAAUGGAAUCAAUAGUUUUAUUAAAUAUGAAAUAGUGCGCUCCGUUACAAUGGCCGAAGGUGAAAUAUUGUAGAUACAUAUGUCCGUUUCAAGGGCGUUUUCAUCGUUAAUUUACACAGCUUGUCAUAAGUGUCCAGUCCACACUAUGAAGUCGAAUAAAAUGUUCCAACAAUAAUCGAUCAUUUAAAAAGUUAAGCAUUUACUGCAAUACAACAUCCCGAAAUCCUUAUGAUCUGUUAAGA